CUUCAGCAACUUCUUUAGACGCCCAGCGGCCACAUAGAUUCACCUACUCGCUUGUUGGUAUAGCCACGUGUCCUCUGCAAAUCCUCUACUCAAUAAUAAAACCGUACCCAUUCCCUUCCCCGGUUUUUUCGUUUGCCACCCACAACAUCGAUUCAAUCCUAACAAAUGAUCCCGACAAACACCAAAAAACGAAAGCGCGUGCCUUACCACACUACCUCCACGCGCCACGCUGUCGACACGACCCGUUCGGAAUCCACUAUGAAACUCCGACGUAUCAAAUCCAUUUCCUCAUUCAACGACGACUCCACCGCCGACGUCAUCCUCCGCCUGUACGUGGAUUCGUCUUCCCCUUUCGUCGCCGAAUCCUCCGCCGAAGACGAGGUCCAGAUCUAUCUCCACUCCGACGUCCUCCGCCGCUCCAAAUACUUCGCCGCUUUCCUCUCCGAUCGCUGGCAAAACUCUAGUCCUAACAACAAUGACAUUGUCUCCGAUAGCGACAAGAAAGUCAUCCGUCUCAAUUUUGGCGUGUCAAGUACCAAGCCAAGCUCAAUCUCCGAUCACGAGACAGUCAUGCAGCUUCUUUACACAGACGAUUUCUCUUCGGUUAUAAACAGUGUCACCGUAGCUCUCGAUUUACUCCUGGUCGCUUUACAAUUACUCUUCGAAGAUUGUGUAAAAGCGUGCAUUAAAUUUAUCGAAGCAGUACCGUGGACCGAAGAGGAAGAAAAGAGAGUUAUCGAGAUAAUUCCUUUAUUACGGGAAGAAGAAUCCAGAGAACUCUUAUCUAGGGUUUAUUCGCACGAUGAUUCGUGCGAAGAAAUGCUUCACGGACUUAUUACGUCAGCAAUUCACAACCAUCCAAACAUGGCCUUCGUGAAGGCGUUUGUGGCGAAGCUGCUGAGGGAGUUCGCUUCGAGGGAGUCGGCGAGACGUGUUUUAGAGAGGGCGUUUGAGGAGAGUUUGAAGGUGGUGAAAGAGAGUUUGGAGGAGUACUCGAGUCCCGAUUUUAGAGGGGAUACGAAUGAGACGGAGGCAAUACAGAGGUUGAAUUUGCAUACGGCGAUGACGAAUGGGCGGCAUUUGGUGUGGUUGGUGGAGAGGAUGAUAGAGUUGAGAGUGGCGGAUAGUGCAGUGAAAGAGUGGAGCGAGCAGGCGGAGUUCACAGCGGAUUUGCAGCGGGCGUUUCGGGAUGAUGCGUGGAGGAACAUUGUCCCUGGUUUGCCAUCUGUUGUGAUGAGGUGUACUUGUAAGCUUGCCAAUGGGAUCGCUGGGGGCACCAUUUUGGCUGCUAGACAGGUUAGGAUGAAGCUUGUAAAAGAUUGGCUUCCUGUUCUAAUUGUUUGCAAAGACAAUGUGUCGCCUUUGGUGCCCAGUCAGAAAGUACUCUACCUGGAGCUUGAAGAAACAUUCCUUAGAAUCAUAUCCACUCUUCCCAUGUCAGAUGCGCAAGAGUUGUUGCAACAGUGCCUCAGCUUCUCCACCAAAAAUGUCGAAGAUUGUCCUCACUUAAUCACAGCCUUCAACACCUGGUUCCGCCGAGCAACUCGGCCCUCACUAACAGAUGACCGUAGUUAGAAUUAGAUGCAUUCUUUCUGCAGCCUUUGUUUUAGAGGUAUAGUUUUUCACUGUCUUAUAUUGUGUAUAAACAAUGGUAUUUGACUGUAUAUAAUAAGAAUACCGAUCUUUCCAUGUUUGUAACAGAAGCAAAUCUGAAUGCUUUUGAUGUUGUUCCUUUGUAAA